AUGGCUCAGAGACCAGCCCACGUGGUGCUGCCCCUGUCAGAGAGCUGCCGAUGGGGUGGCCUCAGCCUGGUUCUCCACCCCCUGCCCUUGCUCCUCAGCAGCAGAAAGGCUUUGAAACACUCUGCUCCUACAUUAGCUCCCAAGCUCAGCAGCCACCAAGGAAGGCAGCUCUUGCUACAGGACGUCAUCGCCGGCUCCAACGGGGUGCUGUGCGCCCUGCUCCUGUUCUCCCUGCCAGCCGGCCAAGCCCAGAGGCGGCCAAAGGAUCACCAGCGCCACCACCACCACCACUGCUUCAGCCAGGAGCAGCUGCAGGCUGGAGAGCUGCCCACCCACUUUGUGAGCAGGACCAUGAAGUGGGACCGAUACGCCCCCGUGCAGCUGGUUCCACACCUGGAAAAGAUGCAGCAGGAAGGAGGCCAGAGACGCAAGCGCCAAGUAGAUGGGUGCCCGGCUCUGCAGCUCCAGGCUACCGUGAACAGCGAACCCAACGAGCGCUCCCUCUCUCCCUGGAGAUACCGCAUCGACGAGGACGAGAACCGCUACCCGCAGAAGCUGGCCUUCGCUGAGUGCCUGUGCGCCGGCUGCAUCGACGUCAAGACGGGCCGGGAGACGUCCUCACUCAACUCUGUGCCCAUGCACCAGACCAUGAUGGUGCUUCGCCGUAAGCCGUGCCCGCACAAUGCCAGCCCUGGGACUUUUGCCUUCGAGGUGGACUACAUCAAGGUGCCAGUCGGCUGCACCUGUGUCCUCCCCAGGUCCAGCGGCUGA